UUGCAACCACCAACUCACCCGCCGAGCUAAUAUUCCGUCUUUGAACAUAUUCCUAGCUGAUUCAAAACUUCAACCAAAAACAUGUCUGAAAGAGAUUCCACUAAGAUGCUAACAUUAUUCUUCUGCGUCGCUUUCUUUGCAUCUGCUGCUGCUGGAGAUAGCGAAGCAGAAGCUCUGUUGAAGUGGAGAGAUAGCUUUAACAAAGAAAGCAAAGACACCUUGUCGUCUUGGAAGAAUGAUACUAAUCCUUGCAGAGAGCAGUGGAGGGGAAUUUCUUGUGAUGAAUCCAUGUCUGUGAUCAAUAUAAGUCUCUCAAAUCAUAGCCUUCAAGGUACAUUCUCCAGUCUCAACUUCAAUGCCUUUCCUAGUCUCCUCUACUUCAACAUAAGUUACAACCAAUUUUAUGGAUCCAUUCCCCACGAAAUUGGUAAUUUGUCCAGAAUUUUGAUGUUGAGUGUGUCAGAUAAUCCAUUAAUUAGGGGUCCCAUUCCUCCUGAAAUCUGGAACCUAACCACUCUAAAUAAUCUUGAUCUUAGUGGAUGUAGUCUCACAACACCAAUUCCCCAAGAAAUAGGGAAUUUGAGGAAUUUGAGCCUCCUAUAUCUUGGAAGCAGUUCCUUUUCUGGUUUCAUUCCUGAAGAGAUUGGAAUGCUAAGCAAUCUUGUAGACCUUCGUUUGCAAGACAACUCUUUAUCAGGGAGAAUCCCAUCAUCAAUUGGAAAUUUGACCAAGUUACAAACACUUUUCCUUUAUGGGAACAAUUUCUGGGGUCCU